AUGGCCCUCGGUGACGGUCUCCCCGCUGUGGCCGCUUUCUCCCUGGUAGAAGCCUAUGUCCUCCAACGCACUGUCUUUGAAGACACGGCCUUUCAAACAGUCUGCCUAGGCGUACUGGGGGUAAACUUCCUCCUGAAUGCCGUAUACGGGUUGAUAAUAUGGCCGUUCAUGCUCAACCCAUUGCGGCAUCUGCCCAAGAUACAGGGCUCGCACUCAGAGAUGGUAUUCGACUCACCCAGGGGAACCAAACCCCUGCACUGGAUGAAGACGAUUCCGAAUGAAGGACUCCUUCACAUCCGCGACAUGUUCAAUCAGAGCUACCUGCUCCCGACAAACCACCAGGCUCUGUUAGAUAUCAUGAGCACAAACACAUAUGACUUUGAGAAGCCAUGGCGCGCACGCAACUUCCUCGCCCGGAUCAUCGGCUUUGGGAUGAUCACAUCGGAAGGUGCAGCCCACAAGAAGCAGCGCAAGGCACUCACGCCCGCGUUUAACAUCAAGAACAUACGGUCCAUGUAUUCACUGAUGUGGAAUAAGACGGGCCAAUUGCUGGAUGAACUAGAGAAUGAAAUGAAGAAUUCCCCAAUGGAAGGAACGAAGCCAGAAGAACAAGAGGGCAAGAUUGAGAUGAGCGAAUGGGCGAGCCGACUUACGCUCGACAUCAUCGGACCGAUAGCAAUGGGGCGCGACUUUGGCUCUCUACACAACAAGGAAAAUAAGGUAGCCGAGAGUUUUGCGAGGAUCCUCGAACCAACCAAGGAGAAACUGGCAUUCUUGGUGAUGAACUUUGCGCUGCCGCAAUGGAUGGCCAGGCGUGUACCGUGGCGGAUGAAUACAGUCCUCAAUGUCGAGACGGCCUAUCUGCGCAGUAUAUGCGAUGAGAUUGUACGCGAGAAGCGUAUCAGUCUCGCUGAGUCCAAGGCCUCAGCGCAGGAUCUGGAAGCCGAUAUUCUGGGCACCAUGAUGCUUGGUGGUGAUUUCACGGACGCAGAAUUGGUAGACCAGAUGUUGACCUUCUUGGCUGCUGGACACGAGACCACCGCCAGCGCCUUGACCUGGGCCUGCUAUCUCCUUCACCUGCACCCAGAGUAUCAGAACCGACUCCGCGAGGAGAUCCGAGCCAAGAUUCCCUCUGGUGACAGCCCAAUCACACACCAAGACCUCGAAUCUCUCCCAUUGCUAAACGGCGUCUGUCAGGAGGUCCUCCGCCUCUACCCAACAGUACCAACCACGAUCCGCGAAGCCGUCCGCAAUACAGUGGUAGCCGGCAAGUACAUUCCGAAGGGGACACGCCUUGUGAUAUGCCCCUGGGCAAUCAACAGAAUUCCACUAUUCUGGGGCGAUAACGGCGAGGACUUCCUGCCAGAGCGAUGGAUUGACACGGACAAGAACGGAAACCGCGUCCCAAACAAUAACGGCGGGGCAUCGACAAAUUAUGCCCAGAUCACAUUCCUGCAUGGACAGCGGUCUUGCAUUGGCAAGGAUUUUGCGCGUGCGGAGCUGCGGUGCGCUCUUGCUGGUGUUGUCGGUCGGUUUGCAUUUGAGAUGCAGGAUCCGAAGCAGGAGAUUCAUAUUUCUGGGGCUGUGACGAUUAAGCCUGUCGAAGGGAUGCAUCUGAGGAUGCGGAGGGUUGACGAGUGGUAA